UGACCGGUCUGAUGCACUCGCUGAUGCUGGUGCCGUACGAUGUCGUUUGGAUCGUGGUGGAGGCUGGUGGAGCUAGCAAUGAGACCGAUUCGAUCCUCGCCAAGUCGGGACUCCGGACCAUUCACGUUGGAUUCGAGCUGCGGAUGCCGAAUUCUUGGGAGGGUUGUCAUCGAUUGGGAGAGUCGUCAUCGAGCAGCAGAUGAGGCUUCGUGCAUUGAGUCUCUUUAUUUAUCUCACCAAAUCCCCAAACCCUCUCCUCCUCUCACUCAACGUUACCUAUUUCUCACCGCUUCUCUCUUUCUCUCACUGCCUCUUUCUCUUUCACACGGAAUCCCCAGUUGAUUUAGGGCUUGAUUUAAACUUUCAAAAGAGGAGAAAGAUCUCUAGAAACUGAAUAAGAAGCUGAUUCUAAAUCAUUUACUACUCAAUGGACAUUGCUCUUACCAACCUGUGAUGUAUUACAACCAAGGUAUUCUUUACUUGAUUCAGCAGGAAAUCCAUGGUAGAUUGCUGGUGUCCUUGUUCAAAAUUCUCAUGCUUUUGAUAACUCAUUCCCAUGAAAACAGUCUUUAAUUAAUGUAUAAUGCUAAAGAAGCUAAGCAAGCAAUUACGUGGUGAGGAUUGGAAUUGGAACAACUUAAACACAUUAUGUUUGGCAAUAGGGUCUAUAUUUGGUUCGAAGAUGGAAUAAUAGUAUAGAAAAGGUGGAAAGGAUUUGGACUAAAAGCUUCUGCAGCAAUACCUGCUAGGUUGUGUGUCUUGCUUUAAUGGGCAUUGGCAGCUCAUUUCAUGCUCAAGAAACUGCUGUGAGUGGGCAGAGAUACCAUUUCCAAGUUUGAAGAAGAGAAGGAAAGGCUUUUAAAGUGAUAUGAACAAAUGAUGAAGAAAGAAAAGAGUAUGAUGUCAAACCAUGAGAAAGCUUACGGAGAUAAGAUUACUUGAUUGGAGGAUUCUUUAAAAAAGGAAAACUCAGGACGGCAAAACUUUUAGCAUUUUGAGGAAAACUUUGGGUUCCCUUUUUGAGAAUGCCUCGGAUGAUGAUUUCCCACCUGAUGAUUAAAGCUUUGCUUCAGUGUUGGCAUCUCAGAGAAAAGGCAAAACUGACCACUCUUUCAACCUGAUUCAAGAUAUGUCCUUUAAUAACUUCCUUAUUACAAUGUCUCUAGAUAGUAGGAAAAACUUAAAUUGUCCAUAGUUAAUUUCCAUUAACAAUUCUCGAUAGUCAAUAUUGAAUAUUUAAAUGUUUUCUGCUCUACACAAACUAAUAGAGCUCAGCAAUAGAUCUUAUUAUGUAAGACCAACUUUAUGUGUAGGAAUCUUUGGCUGAACACCAUAACUACAAACCAGCUAUGAUUACCGCUUUGGCUUUACAGUCUUUUCAUGUAACCGUUAUAUGCGAUAGAUGAUGAAUAUGAUGAUAAUUGCUCUAGAAAAGUUUCCCUUUCUUGUUUUGAUCUGUGAAGGUGGCAUGUUGCUUUUUGGACAUUCAUUUUGCAUUAAAAAAAAGCAUUACAGAAGUUUUUAUGAUCUGCUGUUGGCUGUGGCUUUUUUGCUGUUGUGGAUAUACUCGGGUCUCCAUUGUCCCUAUUUUUUUAUGCACUACCAUUCUAACUUUGGCCCUUUUAACUUUCAAGUGUCUCAUUUUACCAUUCUAAUCAUGUUUUGGCCCCUUAUUUUAUUGCUGACAAAAAAAAUUAGGUCUGGGGUCGUAAAACCAUACCAAUAUUUUAUUGUCUUUUUAUCCUAUUAGAUGUUGAUCUAUAAUAUGAUCAAAUUAGUCCAGUUGCAGCUAACUAUUUACCUAGUGUGUAAUCCUAUUUGCUUCAAGUGUUCUAGAAAAAUUUAAUUAAUAAUAACCUCUCACUUUCAAUCUAUCUAUUUAUAUAUAUAUAGAUAUAGCAUUGUAUCUAGCGUUGUUCCCUUUAGUUUAUUCUUUUGUAUAUAUAGAUCUAUAAAUUUUUUUGUGGGCCUCUUGGCUUAUACUUAAAUUGUUUGCUUGCCUGAAGCCUUACUUCUGAUUAUGAUGACUUUUACAUUGUUUUUUUGGUCAGUUGCCCUUCAUAUGUUUCUGCAGCAGGUGUUAAGGAAAAUUUAUUUGAUGUGGCUUUAAAUACAAAUAUUCUUGAUACUGUCACUAAUGGUUCCUUGAGGCUAGUAUGAUUUUCUUUCUUUUUUAAAAAAAUCAAUUUUAGGUGCUUAAACUGAUUAAAAAAGAUAUCGCGUUGACAUCAUACGCUGGAAAGCUGGUUGGGGUCAUCUGGGACAUGUUACUUCUGAUUCUUCAAUCCAUAGUGCUCUUUUUCGGAUUGUUUGCAAGACUUCACAAGCAUUGGAGAAACUUCAUGUUAGCCGUCUCUUUGAUGUCACGAAAAUUGAAGGAUACAUCUUCCAGCCUCCCCAUCUUUCUUCAAUUAGUUUUGUCAUCUGCAACAAAACAAAUAUCUGUAGUUGCUGCUGUUGUCUCCUUGGUAUCUUAUUUUCGCAAUCCUGCCAUACAGAUUGGCGCCACUAAAGUACUGUCAAUGCUGUUGAUGACAGCAGAUUUCUUGCCACCAUAUUUUUCUGCAAGCAGCUUUGGUCUAGAUGAUAAACAGGUUGCUGAUUUGAAAUAUUCUAUAAGCUUUAUUCUACUAGAGGAAUCUGAAGAAAACGAAGACUUAUUUGUUGCUACCGUCAAUCUUUUCACUACUGCUGCUCGUUAUCAGCCUGCUUUUUUUAUUGCUGUAUUUGCCACCAAAGAGUUUAUGGACGUCCAACCAGGUAAUGCUGGUGAUGGGAAGCUGCCAGCAAUUGAGGUUUCCUCUGGGCCAGUAGAGUCUAAAAGUUCAAGCCUUGUAGAUGCAGUACUUUGUUAUGUUGUAAAUUCUGAUAGUCAUAUCAAUAAGAGUAUUUUGUGUUGAAAGUAGUAACUUUUAACUAUGUUGAAUAUUUAAGACUCCUUGAAUACUUAAAGAACAUUUUGUUGUU